AAGCCACUUAGAGAGAGAGAGAGAGAGAGAGAGAGAGAGAGCAAUUAAAGGUCUUAGCCUCAUCCCUCUAUUUAAGGAGGCCCUUGUUCUCUUCUUUGAGGCAUACUCUUACAACAAGUAGUGAUUUGUAGUUUGUAGAAAUAGUCCUAUAGAGUUUUUUUUUUUUUUUUGUUUCCAAGUGCUCUCGAUCUAUCUCUUUGAACAGCUUGAAACAGCCAUGGUUUCUGCUGAUACCAUCCGAACUGCAGUUGGUGUCGUAGGUAAUGCAAUUGCUCUAGGGCUAUUCUUAUCACCAGCGCCAACUUUUUAUACAAUAUGGAAGAAGGGUUCAGUGGAACAAUUCUCUCCAGUGCCCUACCUGUGCACCCUCCUCAACUGCAUGAUGUGGGUGGUGUAUGGGAUACCCAUGGUGCACCCCCAUAGCAUGCUUGUCAUAACCAUCAAUGGCUCCGGCCUGGCGAUCGAGCUCGCCUACGUGCUCCUCUUCCUCGUAUACUCCCGGGGGAAGAAGCGGCUUCAGGUGUUCGUCGUGCUCGUCGCGGAGACGGCCUUCGUCGCGCUCGUCGCGCUACUCGUCCUCACCUUGGCCCACACUCAUGAGCAGCGGUCGAUGAUUGUAGGCGUCCUCUGCGUCAUCUUCGGGACCAUGAUGUACGCCGCGCCGCUCUCCGUCAUGAAAAUGGUGAUACAGACAAAAAGCGUGGAGUACAUGCCCCUGUCUCUCUCCCUUGCAUCCUUCUUUAACGGCAUUUGCUGGACUGCUUACGCUCUUAUCCGCUUUGACCCCUAUAUCACUAUCCCUAAUGGGCUGGGAGUGAUGUUCGCGGUGGCGCAGCUGGUACUCUACGUCAUGUACUACAAAUCGACGCAGCAACAGAUCGAGGCGCGGCGGCGGAAGGGCGAGGUGGGGAUGGAGGAGGUCGUGGUGAUCGGGGACGGCCACAGGGUGGGGAGUUCGCAAUCCAACGGCCAAAAAGCUCAAACCUAGCCGUGCAAAGGCUAGCUUUAAUUUUGAGCUUAAUUUUAAUUUAGUUAAAAAAUCAAACAUAUAGAUGUCCCCAACAUUUAGUGUUGUGCUCAUCCCAAAGGGAUAUGUUACUCAUAUGUGUCUUUGUGUGCUUUUAAAUGGUUAGUGUGGAUUCCUAAAAGGGACUCAAGAGACUCGAUAGGCCAAGGUCUUGGAGUUCCUAAAACCUUUUGCUCUUUGGUGAGCAUAUAUAUAUUUCUUGUUAACUCCCAAUGUCAUUGUUAAAAAUUUAUAAGUGCUUUAGUUU